AUGAAUAUUGCCGACCUAGAAAUGGAACGCAACGAGCUCGAUGCUUCUCCAGAGCGCUUUGCCAACGUGUCUCCUCACCGUCGACCUAGCCAUGAAAUCGAGCGGAUCAUAACCGCAUCGUCAACCUCAACAUCCUCAUCUAUAAGCUCAGCGCGACGGCAAGAACGAAUCAUGAGUCGGACAUCUACGCAAGGAGAUCUGGAGCGGCACCCCACAGUGCUGAGCAGGAUACAUACAGCGAGAAGCCAGCAUACUGCUACCGUUGGGAGGCAGCGAAGUAUGAGUACAAAGACCAGGGACACCAGGAGACCGCUCCCGGAGAUGGGUUUAGGAAAGCCAUAUCCCCCGCCUCUGCCGUCUAGAGAUGAAUAUGUGGUUGAGUUUGAGGGGCCGGACGAUCCAUUACAUGCACAGAAUUGGCCAAUGAAGAAGAAAAUUUUUACGGCCGUCAUACUAGGAUAUACAACUUUGGUAUCCUCCUUUACAUCUAGCAUUUUCUCGACUGCUACCACCACAAUAGCUGCACAAUAUCACGUCUCUACCGAGGUUGGCUUGUUAGGUCUCUCGCUUUACGUGCUGGGCUUCGCGUUUGGGCCGGUAUUUUGGGCUCCGCUUAGUGAAUUGCAAGGCAGAAGACUGCCCCUGGUUAUCUCUAUGUUUGGAUUUUCUAUAUUUCAAGUCGCCGUCGCGGCUGGGAAAGAUCUUCAGACCAUCUUGCUCUGUAGAUUUUGGGGAGGAAUGUUUGGUGCCGCUCCCUUAGCAAUUGUAGCGGCUGUUUUCUCGGAUAUGUUCGAUAACAAGUCUCGUGGUCUGGCUAUUACGGUAUUCUCCAUGACCGUCUUCACCGGACCUCUAUUGGCCCCUUUCAUUGGAGGAUUUAUUGUCGAAUCUCACCUUGGCUGGCGCUGGACAGAAUGGCUGGUCGCGAUCAUGGGCUUCUUCGCCUUCUUCCUGGACUUUUUCUUCCUGGAAGAAACAUAUCCACCCGUCAUCCUAAUUUCCAAAGCAUCAGAAUUGCGCCGAAGAACCAGAAACUGGGGCAUCCACGCCAAGCAGGAAGAAAUCGAAAUAGAUUUCCGCGAACUAAUCACCAAGAACUUCAGCCGACCAAUGCGUAUUCUCUUCACCGAACCCAUCAUCCUCCUCCUAUCGAUCUACAUGUCGUUCAUCUACGGCCUACUCUACCUCUUCUUAACAGCCUAUCCUAUCGUCUUCCAACAAAUCCACCGCAUGACACCCGGUAUUGGCGGACUCCCCUACUUCGGCAUGGUCACCGGCCAACUCCUUGCAGGCAUCUACAUCGCCCUCACGCAACCAUCUUACAAUCGCAAACUUGCCGCCAACAACGGCGUCCCGAUCCCAGAAUGGCGUCUCCCACCCGUGAUAAUCGGCGGUAUUUCCUUCGCCGGUGGGCUCUUCUGGUUCGGUUGGUCAGGCUAUCGCGCCGAUAUCCACUGGAUCGUCCCUACCCUCUCAGGCAUCCUCACCGGCUUCGGUCUUCUGGCCAUCUUCCUGCAAUCCUUAAACUACAUUGUCGACGCAUAUCUCAUGUUCGCCGCCUCAGCCAUUGCCGGGAACACUUUUCUGCGUUCGCUAGCAGGCGCGGGAUUCCCGAUGUUCAGUCAGUAUAUGUUCAAGGCGUUGCAUGUAAACUGGGCCGGUACUUUGCUUGGCUGUGUUGCCACGGUUUUGAUUCCAAUCCCGGUAUGCUUCUACUUCUAUGGCGAGAAGUUGAGGAGGAAGAGUGCGUUUGCGCCGACAAAACCGGAAGAGUUGCCGAUUCAUGAUGAAGAUGACACAGCUGCGGGGGUGGAGAAGCGGGGCGAAGAUGCUGUUUGA